AUGGAGACAGCGUGCCGGUGUCCCCGCACGGCGGCGGCGGCCAAGCCUUCGGACAGCGGCGGUGGCAGCGGAGGCGGCGUGGGGAGUCCUGGUGCGCAGGGUGCUAAGUACCCGGAGCACAGCAACCCGGCCAUCCUGCUCAUGGGCUCAGCUAACGGCGGGCCCGUAGUGAAAACUGACUCGCAGCAACCCCUCGUGUGGCCCGCCUGGGUCUACUGCACGCGCUACUCCGAUCGCCCGUCCUCCGGUCCCCGCACCAGGAAGCUGAAGAAGAAGAAGAAUGAGAAGGAAGACAAGCGGCCGAGGACGGCGUUCACGGCCGAGCAGCUGCAGAGACUCAAGGCGGAGUUCCAGGCGAACCGCUACAUCACCGAGCAGCGGCGGCAGACGCUGGCCCAGGAGCUCAGCCUCAACGAGUCCCAGAUCAAGAUUUGGUUCCAGAACAAGCGCGCCAAGAUCAAGAAAGCCACGGGCAUCAAGAACGGCCUGGCGCUGCACCUCAUGGCGCAGGGACUGUACAACCAUUCAACCACCACGGUCCAGGACAAAGACGAGAGCGAGUAGCCGCCGCCGGCAGAGGCAGCGCGGU